AUGGGAGUUUGCUUCUUUGCAUUCUUGGUGUUUGGGAUGAAUGAUGGUGCGAUGGGAGCCCUAAUCCCCUUCAUCCAGAAGCACUACGAAGUUGGCCCCACCCCCGUCAGCUUCAUCUUCCUAACGCAAUUCAUCGGCUUCGUUCUCGCCGGCCUCUUCUCCCCCCUCAUGCACAAACGCCUCCACACAACCUUCCGCACCGUAACCCCAACCCUCCUCCUCAUGCACCUCGCUUACGCCCUCAUGUGCUGGGGUCCACCUCUUCCACUCCUCAUCGCAGCGUACGUGUUGAUCGGGUUCUCCUGUGGGGUGCAGGAUGCGAUGUAUAACGCAUUCAUCGGACAAAUGAAGGGAUCGAUGAGUUUGUUGGGGAUGCUGCAUGGGUGUUAUGGUGGCGGUGCAGCGAUUGGGCCGAUUGUUGCGACAAGGGUGAGUUUAAGGUUGGUGUGGUAUGAUUAUUUUUUUGUGAUGUUGGGGUUGACGGUGUUGUUGAAUAUGCUGUUUGUUGUUGCGUUUUGGGAUGAACGGAAGGCACGGACGCCAACUCAGGAUACGCAAAUAGCCUCGAUGGAGCACACUGCCGGUCUUCUACAAACCCUUCGCUACCCGGUCGUGCCCAUCCUCGCGACUUACCUCCUCCUCUACGUCGGCGCCGAGGUCUCGUUGGGCGGCUGGAUCGUCUCCUACAUGCUCGAACAACGCCACGCCUCGGCAUCCUCCUCAUCCUGGGUAGCAACCGGCUUCUGGCUAGGCCUAACCGCCGGCCGUUUUGCACUCGGCUACCCGACCUCCAUCAUCGGCGAGAAGCUCGCAGCGACAGCCUACAUCGCCUUCGCGAUCGCCCUCCACCUCCUCUUCUGGCUCAUCCCUUCCAAAAUCUCUUCCGCUGUCUUCGUGUCUCUUGUUGGAUUCUUCUUGGGACCACUGUUUCCGGUUGCCAUUUCGCUUGCGACGAAGAUUAUUCCGAGGAGGUCGCAUAUUGCUGCGGUAGGGUUUUGUGCGGCUAUUGGUGGUGCGGGAGGAGCGGCGUUUCCGUUCAUUGCGGGUGCUAUUGCCGGGAAGAAGGGAGUUGGUAGCGUUGUUGCUGUUGUGCUGGCGUUGUUGGGUGCGAUGGAGAUCUGUUGGAUCAAUGUGCCGGCAAGGUGGGGGAAGUGGAGGACAGACUGA